UUAGGACAGGGAUGGUAGGCACGCAGGUGCACUUAUGCAGGCCCUUUACAGACCUCUUAGGAUAUUAUUUAUUGAUUGAUUUGUCAAUCAUAUAUAAGAUAACAGGUAAAAAUAUAAACAUAAUUUGGAUACAUGAAAAGAGUAAGUAAAAAAGGAAUAUUAGGACAAGGGCGGUAGGCACACGGGUGCACUUAUGCACGCCCAACAUAGUAUUUUUACUUGAAACACGUUCUUUUCUUCAACAAAUUGGUGCUCCCAAGCACAGUAACGGGGAUUUUGUGAAGUUAUUCGAUCGAGGCUCUGCGUUUCCUCGGGUGGAAAUUCAACACGACCAAGACGAGUCGUCCAUUUCCCCCUUCAGAACAGUUAGCAUUCCCAGGAGACAGAGAGAGAGAGAGAGCGCAAUUGAGGAGGAGGAAGAUGCGUAAGAAGAUCGCCAAAUUAAAAGACGGUCCGGCAUCUUGGACUGCAUUGGGUAUGUGCUGAAAGCUCUCGCUCAGCAGGCCCCUCACUGAAGAACAAAGCUGAAAAUCGGGGAGCGGCCAAAGACGGAGAGUGGGGAGGCGGGGGACACCCUUCCCUGUCCGAGAGCCAGCGAAGGGGGCGUCCCAAACAGCGGCUCUCGCUCCCGGCCAACUGCUGACGGAGGACGCGCCAAUGAAUCCCUCUGUCCCGAGAUCAUGUGCUUCCAGCCGCCAGUGCGCUGCCAAAGAGGAAGUGCGGGUUGUUUUCGUUCGCUCGGUUCCUCUCCUGACGAAGAUGAAAGGCGGCGGCGGCAGCAACAGGAGCCACCGUCGGCGAAGUUAAAGCCCGAGCUCUGCCAGCCCGAAUCCCGGGCGCCGAUGGAGGCCCUGGAAUGGGACGCGCUGAGGAACGGCAGCCUCCUGCCGACUCUGAGCCCGGCUGUGCCCCCGUACGUGAAGCUGGGUCUCACCGUUGCCUACACCGUCUUUUAUUCGCUCCUCUUCCUGUUCAUUUACAUCCAGCUCUGGCUGGUCCUGCACUACCGGCACAAGAGGUUCAGCUAUCAGACUGUCUUUUUAUUUCUGUGCCUGCUCUGGGCUUCCCUUCGGACGGUGCUUUUCUCCUUUUAUUUCAAGGACUUUGUCGCCGCCAAUUCUCUCAGCCCCUUCGCCUUUUGGCUCCUCUAUUGCUUCCCGGUGUGCCUCCAGUUUUUCACCCUGACGCUUAUGAACCUUUACUUCACCCAGGUGAUUUUCAAAGCUAAAUCUAAAUACUCACCAGAAUUACUUAAAUACAGGUUACCCCUCUACUUGGUGUCUUUCGUGGUCAGUCUACUUUUCCUGCUGGUGAAUUUAACAUGUGCUGUGCUUGUGAAAUUAGAAAAUUCAGAAAGGAGGAUAAUUGUAUUGGUCAGGGUUGCUAUAAAUGACACUCUGUUUGUACUCUGUGCCAUCUCACUCUCCGUUUGUCUCUACAAGAUUUCCAAAAUGACCUUAGCAAAUAUUUACUUGGAAUCCAAGGGAUCAUCAGUAUGCCAGUUAACAACAAUAGGAGCAACUGUUAUACUAUUGUAUACCUCAAGAGCCUGUUACAACCUGGUUAUUUUAUCAUUUUCUCAAAAUAAGGCAAUGAACUCUUUUGAUUAUGAUUGGUACAAUGUAUCUGAUCAGGCAAAUCUGAAAUGCCAGUUGGGUGAUGCUGGCUAUAUAGUAUUUGGAAUAAUCUUGUUUGUGUGGGAACUUCUCCCCACUUCCUUGGUGGUGUUUUUCUUCCGUGUUCGAAAUCCUACAAAAGACCUAACAAAUCCAGGAAUAGUACCAACCCAUGCUUUUAACCCAAGAACUUAUUUCUUUGACAAUCCUCGCAGAUAUGACAGUGAUGAUGAUUUGGCAUGGAGCAUAUCACCUCAUAGCAUAUAUGGCAGCUUCUCUCCUGAAUCCUAUGACUGGGGAUAUCUAAAUAACAGCUUAAUGGUUCAAGUGGGAUCCUUACAACAUGAUUUCAUAUCAGAUUCUCAGCAACGAAGCCCAAUAUAACAACAGACCAAUGAUACUCCCUCCCCUUUAUUCAACUUUAGUAAGAAGGGUUGUUUUGCAAGGACUUACAUAUUUAAAUUAUGUACAGAAGAACUGAGUCUGAGUUUAUAAUGUUAAAAAUAUUUGAGUUUUAAAGAUUUGAGUUGCUGAAAAUAAUCUGUUUUCUAUAUUUACAAUUUAGAAAAAUUGUUAGAAAAACUCUAAAUUUUAAAAAAAGUCAAAUAUUUAAAAUGUGAAUAUGUAUAGACUUGAUAGUGUUUAAAAUUUUAAUUUAAUUGUACAAUAUAAUGCCCAGUGAAACCUAUGUUGAUAAGGAGUUUUUGACCUGUAUUAACAUGCAAAUUUAACUAUUUAAAAUGUAUUAUUAGUUUUAGUAAAUUGGUCAUUAAAAUAAUUUUGUAUACAUUUACUCAUGCAUGAGUGAGGGUGACAAACAGAUUGGAAGAACUGUUUCGUCCCACUAAGACUGUCUGUGUUUUAUUUCGACUUCCUGUCCUCUUUGAUUAUACCAGGAAGCUACUAACUUUAAAAAACAAAAAGAAUUUGCCCUGAGGUACAGUUUACAGUUGUGUUAGCUUCAGCAGUCCAUAUAAUAAAUUGGGAGUUUACAGUACUGACUUGUCAUGGCCAUAUCUUCUCUAAAACAGUGUACAUAAAAUUUCUAUUUGCAUUUGUACUUUGAUUCCGGACUACAUUUCUGAAUUUUCUUCACUUUGGACAUUCAUUUGUAAGGAAAAACAAUCCAAUCUAUUCUUUUUCAAAAUAGAACUAAGAGUGUACUUCCUACUUUCUCUCCUCCCAUAAUCAGUUUACAAGCUUGUGAUUCAUCCAAUAAAACACAUCUUUGUGCACAUGCCAUAUGUGAUGUGUAUGCAAAUCUAAAUAUUUUAUGAAAUAUUUGACUUUCAACCAUUCACUUAGUGAUCAUUUAAAGUUUCAGUGGCACUAAAGAAAAGCGAUUAUGAUAGUUUUUCAUGCCUUUACGACCAUUGCAGCAUCCUCAUGUGAUCAAAAUGGUCAUGCGAUUAAAAUUUGGACCCUGGACACCUGACAUGUAUUUGUGACAGCUGCUGUGUCCCAGAGUCAUGUGAUCACCUUUUGCAAAAACAGAUUUACUUAAGAUUAAGAUUUACUUAAUAAGAGUUUUACUAACUGAACAACUGCAGCGAUUCAUUUAACAACUGUGGCAAGAAAAGUCAUAAAAUAUGGCAAAACUUACCUGUCUUGCUUAGCAAUGGAAAUUUUGGGCUCAGCUGUGGUUAAGAGUUGAGGAUUUCCCGUAUAUUAUUUAUUUUAAAAUUCCCAAAGCACUUUACAAUAAAGCAGAAAUACUUGCCCAUGUGUUCAAUCUUAGAUGACAAUUACAAUCUUCCAGAUCCAAGAAAACCUUUUCCUGGUGGGGUUAAAUUGUGACCUCUUUAAGGGCAACCAGGAGCAUGCCCUAAUGCAAAGAAGCUUUCCCCCAACCUUGAACCCAUCAGUUAAUCCUUUUAAGCUAAUUUAAAGUAGCCAUGAUGGGAAAGAGGCAAGGCAACAAAUGACAGGACAAACCACCACAAGUGUCUGGGUGGCAAACUGCAUCUCAAAAUGCUCUGCAAAUUUCUUGUAACAGGUUGCUGAAAGUUGUAAAAGAAUACUUCCCAUGGCAAACGACAUGAAACCCAAAACAAAAUCAAACAAACAAAAAACUGAUAUAUACAUCAGAAACAAUAUGUAGUCCCCAUUUGAUGACCUGUGCUUUAUGACUAUUCAAAGUUAUGACAAACUUAAAAAAAAAUAUUUUUAUUUUUUUUUUGUUUACAUUUAUACCCCGCCCUUCUCCGAAGACUCAGGGCGGCUUACAAUGUAUAGGGCAAUAGUCUCAUUCUAUUUGUAUAUAUUUACAAAGUCAACUUAUUGCCCCCCCAACAAUCUGGGUCCUCAUUUUACCUACCUUAUAAAGGAUGGAAGGCUGAGUCAACCUUGGGCCGGGCUCGAACCUGCAGUAAUUGCAGGCUUUGUGUUCUUAAUAACAGGCCUUACCAGGCAGAGCUAAACCGGCCCAAUUU